UACGCACUGCGCACGUUCGUCUCGCUCUUUCGUCCGGCUUCGGCAGCAGGACUCGGAAGGCUUAGCGGAGGCGGCGGAGCUUGGACCCUCCUGCCAACCAUGGACCCACGUCGCAAGGCGAAGGUCCCGAGGAGACGGCCCCCCAGCCCGGUGCCCGGACCCUCGAGAACCCAGUCCUCUGUGGGUGCUUCCAGUCUACGCCGAAGGCGGAAAUUUCUGUGGCUGAAGGAAGUGCAGAAACUGCAGAAGAGCACAGACCUCCUGCUGAGGAGACAGCCUUUUGGCAGAGUCGUUAGAGAAAUCUGCCAGAAAUUCACUCGCGGUGUGGACUUCUGUUGGCAGGCCCACGCCUUGUUGGCCCUUCAAGAGGCAGCAGAAGCAUUUCUAGUUCACCUCUUCGAGGACGCCUAUCUCCUCACCUUACACGCUCGCAGGGUCACCCUCUUCCCCAAGGACGUGCAGCUGGCCAGGAGGAUCCGAGGCAUCGAGGGAGGGCUCGGCUGAGCCGGCAGCGUGUUGUGUAGUCAACACCUGGGACAUCUGGAGCCACAGCUAGACCAGUGAUGUCUGAGGAGCUGCCUGGACUCGGCGGGGGUUGAACAGCAUGCACACGUUGCCCUUUAAACUUUCUAAGUAGAAGACCGUGUGGCAUUUCUCUGUGACAGAGACAAAAGGCCAUCUGCACAUGUCCAUGGACAUGAAUGUUUGCAAACCAAAGGUCAGCUUUGGUGUGUGAACUGCUUGACUGUUUAACUGUUUAAGGGUUUCGGACACAUGAGAUCUGCCGUGUUAGGAGGGGAUAUUGUUAUUUUAGUCUUUCUGUGCUAUGUGCAUCUUUUACCAUUUGUGUAUUUGUGCUUUUGUUUAAACUAUAAGGGAGAAAAAACUGGGUGCAAGGCUUGAUUGUGAAAACCCUGGCAGUCCCGCCAUAGAAAUGUCUGCCUUCCAGAUUGAUUUCACCAGUAGUGCCUGUCAGCAAACAUGCAGCUUUUCAAAACUUAAUUAGAAAUGAAUACAACUCUUCCCCUGCCUUCCCUUUAAUGCUAGGGCUUGAAUCCAGCCUUUUGUACAUGCUAAGCUUGGACUGUACUGUUGAGCUACAGCCGCAGCCUGAAGUGUACAGUCUUUCUGUUUCCUACAGAGUCCCUCAUAGGACUGGACGUUUUAGUCCUAGCUGUAAAUCAUAUAAAAUGUGUCAUAUCAGUUUGGGGUUUUAAAAUGCGUUUUUGGUAUUUUUACAGGUAUUUCUUCUUAGCUUAUUUGGGGGAGAAAUAACAAAAAAUUUUUCUUAAUAAAAAAAUUAAAAUGAAG